CGGCCUCUGCAUCGAGUGAUGCACACAGCCUUUUAUUUAUCAGAUCAAAGUUCAUCAUCUGACCAUAAUACAGUUCAACAAAUAAAUUGUCGCACAUGGCUGCCCCAAGGGCAAAUUAAAAAAAAUGUAGAGAAAUGAGCCUCAUGCAUCACAAAUCCUACUAGUAGGCCGCAACCAAAUGAGCCUCUAUGAUAUGUACUCCCUCCGAUCAAUAAUAAGUGUCGUAUUACUCCUAUAGGCAAUAGAAAACAAAACUGGCAAACCGAGGCAUGCCAGAUCACCAGAUUUGGUGAGUACAAGGAGCAUAAUCUAAGUAAAUAGAUAUGCCACAAGAACAUGGUUGUACAAAAUGACUUGGUAUCUUUUGUGGACACAUCACCUAAGAGGUGGACUUGAGCAGAAACUACCGCCUAUUACUAGAACUAUAGGAUCAGGAAGCGAAUGGACAGACUACCACUCAAGUUCAGGUCUUCUUCAAGUUGAAUUUGGGGUGCCUAUUCUUCUUGUUAAACUGAUAACUAGUUCCUCCAAGGUAUCCAUCAUUUUGAUUCACUAGACAAUUCUAUAUGUUGACCUAAUCUGUAAAAUACUUUGCAACAGAAACUGGAAAAAUGUUUUAGCAGAGCAUCGUGUAUUUAUGCAACGAGGCUAGACAGUUUGUUUAAUCAAAUCUGGAAGGAAACAAGAAACCUGCAAAGUAAUAUCAAAGUAUGCCAGAGUGCUAGAGUAGCUUUCACCAAGUGUCAUAGCACUGGUCAUGGCCAAUCUGGACUAGUCUGCAGCUGGCCUAACUCUAUGCAAGUCGUGGAUGAAAACAAGGUUGCCCUCGUGUCCCUCAAUUUGGUUACAACAACAACAAAAGAUUCAUGCGUAGCAUUUGACACAACAACAAAAGAUUCAUGCUUAGUAUUUCACAAUGAUGUGACACUGAAUGAAUAAUUGAGUUCCACGCGUCACUAAAAACAAAUAAUUUAUUUCUUGUGAAUUUUCACAAGAGGUUGAUCUGUUCAUGCCAGCAACCUAGGUUUAAUUUAAAACGUCAACCGCUAGGAUCGAUUCAAUAACUAUUGGUAUUUGAUUCCAUGCUGAUGUAGUGCAUACAUAAUAUAAACCUUGGGAGUAACAAUUUUUUGUCCUAUCUUGUAACUAUAUAGUUACUCCUGUUACUCUACAUAUUUGCUCGGUGCUCUUUGCUACUCUCCUGCAAAUUAUCUCAAUGCUCACAAAUACAAUGCCAUCCAUCCAAGAGAAUGACUUCCCCGUCGAAUCAUGUACUCCCGACAGUGCUGUUGACAAGAAAAACACAUCACCGCCGGCACCAUCAACGCCAGAAAAGGUGGCCAUGGACGAGCCGUUCCCGUUCUUUGGCUUGCUUUGCUACGCUGAUGCACUAGAUUGGAUGUUCAUGGUGUUGGGGACCAUGGGCUCCCUUGUGCAUGGCAUGGCGCCUUCGAUGUCCUAUUACAUACUUGGGAAAACUGUUGAUGCGUUCGGGAACAACAUAAACGAUCUGAACGCCAUGGUCCAUGAAUUUUCUAAGUUAGUUCCAUAUAUGUGGUUCUUGGCACUUAUUACACUCCCUGCUGGAAUAAUUGAAAUCGCAUGCUGGAUGUAUACAAGUCAAAGACAAAUGACACGCAUGCAGAUGGCAUAUCUGACAUCAGUGCUCAGCCAAGAUAUCGGAGCUUUUGACACUGACUUAACCACCGCGACUAUCAUGGCUGGAGCAACCAACCACAUGAGUAUCAUAAAAGAGGCAAUUGGAGAGAAGAUGGGUCACUUUAUGUCCAACUUCUCCACAUUCUUAGUUGCUGUCAUUAUUGCCUUUGUGUGUUGCUGGGAGGUGGGUAUGAUGGCAUUCUUGGUAGUUCCGAUGCUCCUCGUGGUUGGGGCAACAUAUGCGAAAAUGAUGGUUGGCAUGUCGGCGACAAGGAUAGCUUUGGUCUCUGAAGUAACCUCAGUUGUAGAACAGACUAUUUCACAUAUCAAGACCGUCUUCUCAUUUGUUGGAGAAAAUUCGGCGAUGAAAUCCUUCAUCGAAUGCAUGGACAAGCAAUACAAGCUAGGCAAGAAAGAGGCAAUUACAAAAGGACUAGGUUUGGGAAUGUUACAGAUUGCAACCUUCUGUUCAUACUCAUUGACCAUCUAUAUUGGAGCAUUGGCAGUAACUAGAAGAUCUGCAAAAGGGGGUGAAACAAUUGCUGCAGUCAUUAAUAUCCUCUCCGCUGCGAUAUAUCUCUCAAACGCCGCGCCGGAUCUUCAGACCUUCAGCCAAGCAAAAGCUGCUGGUAAAGAAGUAUUUAAGGUUAUCAAAAGAAAAACAGCGAUAAAUUAUGAAUCAAACGGAAGAAUCUUAGAAAAGGUCACUGGACAUAUUGAAAUAAGAGAGGUGGAUUUCACAUAUCCGUCCCGUAAAGACAAGCUGAUUCUUCAAGGUUUCACACUAGUUAUACCAGCAGGCAAAGUGGUGGCUCUUGUGGGGAGCAGUGGAUGUGGGAAGAGCACUGUAAUUUCUCUGGUUCAAAGAUUCUAUGAUCCUAUAUCAGGUGGCAUUACUGUUGACGGUCAAAACAUUAAGGAACUUGACCUGAAGUCCCUGAGGAGAAAUAUAGGCUCAGUCUCUCAAGAACCAGCACUAUUUUCUGGUACUAUCAUGGAUAACUUGAGAAUUGGAAAACUGGAUGCAACUGAUGAAGAGAUAAUUGAAGCAGCAAAAACAGCUAAUGUGCACUCUUUCAUAUCCAAACUUCCAGAUCAAUACUCGACUGAGGUAGGAGAAAGAGGGGUGCAACUGUCAGGAGGUCAGAAACAGAGAAUAGCUAUUGCAAGGGCUAUACUAAAAGAUCCCCCCAUUCUUCUUCUUGAUGAAGCCACAAGUGCACUUGAUUCAGAAUCAGAGAAGCUAGUUCAGGAUGCUCUUGACAGAGCUAUGAAAGGGAGGACAGUUAUCUUGAUUGCCCACAGAAUGUCAACAAUAAUAAAUGCAGACAAGAUUGUUAUUGUGGAGAAUGGGAGAGUAGCUCAACACGGAACACAUGAAGAAUUGUUGGAGAGAAGUACAUUCUACUCGAGUGUAUGCAGUAUGCAAAGUCUAGAAAAGAAAUCCAGCAAGAAUGAAGACAGAUUUACUGAUCAGGUCGAAGAAGAGCAAGACAGUGCAACGUAUAAAGAACAAUCUUUUGCUGCAUAUGAACAAGAGAAGAAACCAGAACCGACCUCAAAGCAAUCGAAGCAAAGUAUCAGAAAGAGAACGUCUGCUUUCAACAGGAUAUUCCUCGGAACUUUUAAACUGGUGCCAGGAAAGGUUCUGGUGGGCUCCACAGCAGCAGCAAUCUCUGGGAUCUCAAGGCCUCUAUUUGCUUUCUAUAUCAUGACAGUUGGCAUAGCAUACUUCGAUGCAGAUGCAAAUAAAAAAGUCAGCAAGUACUCAAUUAUUUUGUUCCUAAUAGGGAUGUUAACAUUUUUCAGUAACAUCUUCCAGCACUAUAUCUACGGCCUGGUCGGCGAAAGGGCAAUGAAUAACCUAAGGGAGGCCCUGUUUUCAGUUGUUCUUCGAAGUGAAAUAGGUUGGUUCGAGGAACCAAAAAACAGUGUUGGCUUCCUGACCUCACGUGUUGUCAGUGACACCUCCAUGGUAAAAACGAUUAUAUCUGAUCGAAUGGCUGUCAUGGUUCAAUGCAUCUCUUCAAUUAUUAUAGCAACAGCGUUAAGCAUAGCAGUGAACUGGAGGAUGGGUCUAGUUGCAUGGGCUAUGAUGCCAUGUCACUUCAUCGCUGGCCUUGUACAGGUCAGGUCAGCAAAAGGUUUUGCCACUGACAACUCUAAGUCUCACCGGAAGCUCAUCUCACUCACUUCAGAGGCUGUUAGCAACAUCCGCACUGUGGCCUCUUUUGUUCAGGAAGAAGAAAUACUCAGGAAAGCAGAUUUGGCAUUGCAAGAACCGAUGCGGAUAAGCAGGAUUGAGAGUAUCAAGUAUGGUGUGGUACAGGGGAUUUCACUCUGCUUGUGGCAUAUGACACAUGCUAUUGCAUUGAGUUAUACCAUUGUGCUACUUGACAGGAAACUAGCAACAUUUGAAAACUGUGUACGAUCAUACCAAGCAUUUGCAAUGACAAUACCUUCCAUCACAGAGCUAUGGUCCUUGAUCCCUAUGGUCAUGUCCGCCAUUGCGAUAUUGGAUCCUGCACUAGACAUUCUCGACAGAGAAACACAGAUUGUGCCGGAUGAACCAAAAUUGAACGGUGAGGACGGAAUUGUAGGUAAUGUUGAGUUCGAAGAUGUCAGUUUCAGCUAUCCCUCGAGACCAGAAGUGAUCAUACUAGAUGGAUUCAGUCUAGCUAUCGAAUCAGGUCAAAGGGUCGCAUUGGUUGGGCCAAGUGGUUCGGGAAAAUCCACAGUGUUGGCUCUGCUGCUAAGAUUCUACAAUCCUUGCAGCGGCCGAGUACUUAUAGACGGUAAGGACAUCAGAGGCUACAACCUCAAGAGCCUGAGAAAGCAGAUAGGACUGGUGCAGCAAGAGCCAAUCUUGUUCAACCUGUCUAUAAGACAGAAUAUCAGCUAUGGAAAUGAAGGCGCAUCAGAAACAGAAAUAGUGGAGGCCGCAAUGGAGGCAAACAUCCAUGACUUCAUAAGCAGCCUGUCAAAAGGGUAUGAUACCGUGGUCGGGGACAAAGGAGGCCAACUUUCCGGAGGUCAAAAGCAGAGGAUAGCUGUGGCAAGAACUAUACUGAAGAAGCCCGUCAUACUGCUACUAGAUGAGGCGACAAGUGCUCUAGAUGGUGAAUCUGAGAGGGUGGUAAUGAACACCCUCGGUGCAAAAGGGUGGAAAAACAAGGGUGAGCUCUCAAGCAAGAUCACAAGUAUCACGAUUGCCCACAGGCUGUCCACAGUCACAAACGCAGAUGUAAUUGUCGUCAUGGACAAAGGUGAGGUGGUAGAGACGGGUAGCCACGCAACAUUAGUCUCAGCAAGCAAUGGUGUUUACUCGAGACUGUACAAUAUGCAAAUCAAAGCAGGGAAAGACUGAUCUCAUGAUCAGUCCUUUUGCUGGUAGCAUCAUUUUUCAAGC